AGCAACUUAAAGCAGCAAACCGACCUUCCUUUAGCGACUUCCGACAGACGCGACUCACAACACGACUCUGCGCUUCGAGAGAGACACGAUGCUGCUCGCGCUGCUGUUCAUCUCCACGGCUGUGGCGAGUCCCCUGUUGGGUACGGAGCAGUGUGCUCGCGGUCCCCCCUACUGGUGCCAGAACGUUAAGACUGCUUCCCUUUGUGGUGCCGUCCAGCACUGCCAACAGAGUGUGUGGAACAAGCCUCAGAUGAAAUCUGUGCCAUGUGAUCUGUGCAAAGAGGUGUUAGUGGUGGUGGAGCAGCUUUUGAAGGACAACGCCACAGAGGGCGAACUCCUUGGAUACAUGGAGAAAGCCUGUCAGCUGAUCCCUGAUGAGGGCAUGGCUGACCAGUGCAAGGAGAUUGUGGACAACUACUUCCCCGUUCUCAUGGACAUCAUCCAAGGAGAGCUGGAUGACCCUGGUGUGGUGUGCGGUGGUAUGGGCCUGUGUGUGUCCCAGCAGUCAGCUCUGGCUAAAGCUCAGCUCAUGUCCAAUGUGAUCCCUCAAGUGGACCUGAACCAGCGUGUCAACCCCUUCCUGCUCAACAUCCCUCAGCUGCUCUACCCCCAAGAGAAAACCAAGGAGACCCCCAAACAGACGGGUGGAGAUGUGUGCCGGGACUGUGUUACGUUCAUUUCGGACACUCAGGAGGAAGCCAAAGCCAAUUCCUCAUUUAUCAACACUCUACUCGCUCGGUUGGAGAGCCAGUGUGAGCUUCUGGGACCUGGCAUGUCUGAUAUGUGCAAGGAGUACAUCAGCCAGUACGGACCACUGGUCUUUCAACAGCUUAUGUCUAUGGAGCAGCAAGCCAAGGACAUCUGCUCUCGUGCUGGAUUCUGCCCCCCUCAGAAGUCUGUGCGCAUGGCGUUGCUGAUGCCUGCCAAAUCAAUCCCUGCUGUCAAGAUGUUCCCUGCAACCAAACUUGAAACGCCUGUCAAAACCAAGCCUGCUAAGAAUCUGGUGCAAAUACGCGACAGUCCUCAGUGUGCCAUCUGUGAGUUUGUGAUGAAGGAAGUUGAGGAAAUGAUUCAGGAUCACACAUCUGAGGAAGAGAUUGUGCAGGCUGUGGAGAAAGUUUGCAACAUUUUACCCUCCACACUCAAGGCUCAGUGCAAGGACCUGAUUGAGACCUACGGCCAGGCCAUCAUUGAACUGCUCAUGCAGGAGGCCGAUCCCAAAACCAUCUGCUCUUUCCUCGCACUCUGCAAUGGGGUCAGCCAUGUCUCUGUAAUGGACAAGCAACGAUUUGAGGCGGGCGGCUUCUGUGACGUGUGUAAGAUGGCAGUGCGUUAUGUGGACGGGAUCCUAGAGCAGAACGCCACUCAGGCGGAGAUCGAGGACGCUGUGAUGAAGGUCUGCAACUUCUUGCCUGAUGCUGUCAGAGACGAGUGUCACCAGCUCAUUGAGCAGUAUGAGCCUCUGCUGGUACAGCUGCUGCUCCAGACGCUCGACCCGGACUUUGUCUGCAUGAAGCUGGGAGCAUGUCCCGAGGCAGUGCAGAAGCUGCUGGGAUUGGAGCAGUGCAGCUGGGGGCCAGCAUACUGGUGUAAGAACGUGGAGACCGCUUCUCGCUGUAACGCCUUGGAUCACUGCAGGCGUCACGUGUGGAGCUAAAGGAUGAGCGGAGCGUUCCACAACAAUCUUAGGAAACUAAAGGAGAAAUGCUGUAGAGCUGCUUUCCUGUUUUGAAAUCAAUACUUGGAGUUUCUUUUAAAAAGUGACAUUUGAAAUUGAACUGUCACAGCUAAUUUAACCGCCUUGUUUCUGUGGCAAGAAAGCUUUUACUGAAAGGACAUGUAUUUUGAGGGGGCAGGGGUUUGGAGAGAGAUGAAUGGCAUACAUGGGGAAAUGCACUGAAACUGGAUUUUUUUUUUUUGUGCUAUUUUGCAGACUUUUGUUUUUAAAAUGAAAGUUCUUUUAGUUGUUUCUUCAUAUGAGUAUAUAUGGAAAUAGAUUGUGCCUUUAUCAGAAAAGGGGGUCUGAAACCCCUGAGAAUGAAAUGCUUUGGAUGCUCUAAAAUCCCUGCUUCCCUCUUUAACUGUGCAAAUGCACCUGCAAGGCCAGUGAUUUAAAUCAUAGUUUUUAAUGGGUGACACUUUUGGUCCUAAUUCAAGUAAAUGAUCUUUAUAAUUGUCAUUUUGUGUUAGUUAAUAAGCUGAAGGAGACGAGAUGUUGACAUUCUUCAUUUGAUCCCACUAACUGUUGCCCUUCACUGAUUGAUCCGUCACUGCUUCCUAAAUGUCAGAUUUUAUCCUUGUGCUUGACACUGUUCAGACUGAAAGCUUUUGUUUUUUAAAAAUGAAAAUAAAAC